AUGCUGUUAGGCUUAAGCACUUCGGAGGCGUUUCUGCAUCAGGGCGAAGACGCUUGGCCCUACAUUGCAAUCUUAUUGGCCAUGAUAGGAGCCAACGAGCAUUUGACGCGCUCCAGUCACAAGGCCCGCAGCACACGGAGAAACGAGAGCGCGGAAACAGGCAGCUACCAAGAGGCGGACUCGGCAAUUGGGGACGUUGUCAAGCGGCAUGGCAGACCUGUGCGUCGCCUACUGAGAGAUUCGGCAAAGAGUCCAACGAGCUAUCUAGUACUGCUUAGGUACUGCCCGCCUCCGCCGGCGACAGUGUACUGUCCUGACUAUUCGGACCAGGGGGGCAACCAGUAUCUCGCCCCGCAGGACUCUUUCCCCCCGGAGACCCAGCUCGGGCCCGCGCUAGGCGACAUCCCCUGGGGGCAGGUGGCGGACACUUUGGGCCAUGUUCUGCGCCCCCCUCGUGCGACCCCCGCGACCCCUCAUUUCGACCCCCAAGGGAGAAGGUACUAUUUUGACUCCCAAGGGAGAAGGUACUUCUUGGAUUAUCAGGGGAGAAGGUGCUAUUUGACCCCGCAGGGGAGAGAGUACUUUUUAGACCACCAAGGGAGACCGUACUAUCUGGACCCCCAAGGGUUUAGAACCUAUGAUUUCUAUAUGGACCGCCAAGGAAGAGUAUAUUAUGUGGACCCCGAAGAAAGAGUGCACUUUUUCGAAACCCAAGGGAGACCAUGCUAUUUGGACAGCCAGGGGAGAGCAUACUAUCGGGACUCCCUAGGGUGGGAGUUCGGUUUGGACCCCCAUGGGAGACCGUACUAUUUGUAAGGAAACGCGCAUGUCGACCCAGUUGUAUUAUGUAGAUGUAGAUGUACAUAAUUGUAGGUCGAUUUAUGUAGAUAGCCGAGAUAGCCGAGUAUUGAAAGAUAGGAUUCUGAACACGGAACAGAUUGACAUUGGUUUCCUCAGUCUUAUCAUGAGGCUUUUUGGGGGUAAAGAUAAGUAUGAUCAUAAUUGAAUAAGAUAAGGAUAAGUGUUACCUCGAUACUGUGUUACCGCCAAUUUUCGUAUAAUGAUGAAGUCCUCACUCAGUCG